UCAGUCAAGCGCAGUCCUGCUACCUGACGCGGAGAAGUGGCGAUGUGAGAGGCAGAGAUAGACGGGCACAUUGUGAAGAUGCUUUGUGAGUCGACUGGACUGUGGAUGAUGCCUUAACUGGGUGUAGCCUUGGUGCGGCGCAUGGAUUUAUUGGGCUGAAAAUCUUUUUUGGGGGGGAACAGAGCAAGUACUACAGCGUGUUUCGUUAUAGGUCGGAUUAGAAAGUAAUUUGUUCAUGUUAAUUGGCUUCGACUCCCUGGCAAUUAUCGAGGUGUUGUUGACAUCUCGCACGUGGACUGGAUAACUGGUUUCUGGACAGGUUGCGGGUGGAGUGUCACCAAUAUUCGGACAUCUCGAGGGCCCUGUGCAGAUAAAAAGUCAUCCAUUACAAGAAAGGCUAAAGCAGAACAGGGGACCAUGUUCCUGAACAGGAAUUCCUCCUGGCUGGCCAACCUGUCCGUGGCGUCCUCACUGGCAGAGCUGGAUAUCGCCCCCCCACAGGUGGCCGUGGGUGUUCUGCUCACGCUGAUUGACCUAGUGACCUUCCUGGGGAACACAGUGGUGUUCAUCUGCCCAGCCGUGGAGCGCCGGCUGCGCACCGUCACCUACAUGUUCAUCAUGUCCCUGGCCAUGGCUGACCUGCUGGUGGCCUGCCUCGUCAUGCCCUUCAGUAUCAUCUAUGAGGUGACAGGGGUGUGGCUGUUUGGGGAGCAUUUCUGUAAGAUGUGGAUAUCCUUCGACGUGCUGUUCUGCACUGCCUCCAUCGUCACACUGUGCUUCAUCAGCUUGGACCGCUACUGCUCGGUGGUCACUCCCUACCACUACCCUCGGAGGAUGUCCCGGCGCAGUAUCAGUCCAGUGGUGUGGAGAGUGACCCCUGACCCCUCUCUGUCUCCCUGCAGUACAAGUCCAGUGGUGUAUUGUGAUGACGGUGACGAUCUGGGUGUACUCGUCUCUGAUCUCCUUCCUUCCAGUAAUGCAGGGCUGGAACGAAAUCCCGGGCCUGGCCUACGACUCGGGGCACGACUGCGUCUUUGUCACCAACUGGACCUUUGCCAUCGUGGCUUCGGCGCUGGCGUUCUACAUCCCCUUCCUCAUCAUGUGCACCAUGUACUUCUUCAUCUACCGCGCCUCUCGCCUCAAGGCCACCCGCAUCGUCUCUCAGACCCUGGACCUGCACUACCACCCCGACAGCCGGCGGCCCAACAACCUGCAGCUGGAGAACAAGGCCACGCGCACCAUGAGCAUCAUCAUCUCCGUCUUCGUCAUGUGCUGGCUGCCUUACUUCGUGCUCAAUGUGUGGCUGGCGGCCCGGGGCUGGGGCGGGGAGAGCCCAGCCAUCAGCUGCCUCUUCAAGAUCAUCACCUGGCUGGGCUACUGCAACUCAACCAUCAACCCUAUGCUCUACGCCUUCCUCAACCGCGAUUUCCAGCGUGCGCUCAAGAAGCUGCUGGUGUGCCGGCGCUGGCGCUCACAGGUGGACAUCGGCGAGGACAUGGUGUCCAUCGUCACCUUCUCUCGCACCGCGCAGGAUCCCGAGUACAGCAACAAGACCACGGCCCUGCCCAGUGCCACACUGACGCUGAAGGGCCAGCCCAAGCAGUGAACCGGUGUGUCGGAACCCCCUACCCCUGAGGGAAAUGGACUCCGCUGACGUCCCACUGCUGUAGCUGUGGGCUCUCUUCUCCUGCUCUUUGGGUCUGCAUCACUCAAACAUGCUGGCUGAGGGGCAUUUUCCAACUGUGCAGUGCUGACACCUGCGUCUUGAACUGUGGGAAACACACUCCUACUGCCAGGGCGUGAAUAGAAAAAUAUCAGAACUCUUAAGACAUCAGUGACAUCUGUUGCGGAUGUUCCUUUAUAUCGUCCUCAUCGUGAACACCAAGCAAUGUUCAAAGGGGUUGGACAAGCACGGUAUCACAAAGCAUGAAUGGUAUUGGACUAGAUACCGUAGCUGCCUGACAAUGGCCCAGACAGUGUGCACUCCAGGACACUCUCAAGUCUCUGUCCUUUCUCUCUCGUAAAAGACAAUGAGGCUUCAGGGUGCUUAUGUACACAGGAAUACCUGUAAAAAGGCAGUGUUAUAUGGAACAUCAACCAUUUUAUACAUCAGUUGUUUCCAUUUUAUUUUUUACAAUGUGAAGAUCAGACAUAUUCAAACAGUCCAGCUGUUCCUAUACAUUAGCAAUACCCUGUCUAUACAGUAAAACAAUUCUUUUUCCCCAGUUUCUUGUUCACUUUGGAUCCAAGAGUGGUAUUCAAUUAACCACACUGCUCACGGUGAAGUGGAUGGAAGAGACCUGCACCAUCAGAGCAGAUUCUGUUUUCAUUAUCUUUUGUGUGUUCCUGAGCUGUGUCCUGGGGAAGGGCCAGCUCGACCUGUUCCAGCUCUGAACAAAGACUAAAGCACCUCUUCAAGACAGGGCUCAGGGUGUAAACAGUGCUUUCCUGCACUCCAGACAAGAACGCAACCUCCUGUGUCAGCCACUGCAGGCCUCUCUUUUAUACAGUACUUUCCUUAGCUUUUGACCCUGUCUCACUAUAGCCUGUGUCAUUUACCGCUGUACAGAAGUCCUGGCACUUCUGCCAGAAGUGAGCCCAGAGCCACAGCGUGACCAGCCCCAACACUGUCGAGACUGCAGCUCCGUGCACACCACCUCCCACUCGGCCCGUCCAGUAAGCAAAGGCAGGAAAAAGCCCCAGACAGACCUGACAUCAGGAAAAGCAGGAGCUUCUGUGGAGAGACCUCCUCGGACCCUGGAGAGCCCACAGACGCACACUGUGUUGACCAGCAGCUACAAGGUAGUUUAGUAGCCUGUUUUUUUUUUAUUUUUUCCCCCAAAUGAAGGACCCUGCAGGAGUCUUCGUUUUAAAUCGUGUAGCUACAUUGUGCACCUGGUCUGACUGAAUUCUGUACAGAAAAUAAAUGUAUUUUGACAUGAGACCUA